GUUUGUUUAUCCUGAUAUUACUUCUAAUAAGCAGUGCCCAUGAAGCCAUACCUCUAUUUCACUAUCCUUUAUAAAAGCAUUCUCCUUCUCAUACUUUUAUAACUGCUAAGCUAAGACUACAGUGAAGGAGAUUAGACCUGUUUCUAUAACUGAAGCUCUCAAGAGAUUAACAGUAUCCAGCAGUUAUACUCUCCUUCUACAUUGGGUUUCUUCUACACAGAGAUCAAUAAUGGGCUCCAAUAUUAGCUACAACAAUACGAUUGUUGGAGGGAAAGAAUCACAGAAGCCAAAAAAUGAAAAGAAGCGUAGAAGACGGGAUUCCAUCAACAGACCUGUACUGAAGCUUCAGAUACGGAGCAACAGUAUGGAGAGACAGCACAAAAUGAAUGGAGAGACAUCUCUUGAUCAUCCCUUUCUGAAGAGGCUGAGCACAAACAAAUUUGAAUCUCUAAAAGAGGAAAAGAGCGAGCGGGAUUCUAUACAAUCCAUAUCUUCUCUUUCCUCUUUUGCCGUCAACAAUGUGACGCUGACUAGAACUGCUACCCAUUCUUCUCUCGGCAUUAGAACAAGCACGCUAUUGACAAGUACCUCUAAGCCUCUACCUCGCUCUGUCUCCACUGGCUACGAGAAUUCACCACCACCUUCAGUAAUAACGGUUCAAUUUGUAAACAAUGGAGCAGACAGCAAUGGGUCUUUAUCUGAUAUUGAUGGCACUGCUGCCAGUACUGCAAGUGCAAGCAAAGAGAGUGAAGGAGAUAAACUCAAUGCCAACGUGUCACUCACUGAGAGAGAAGGAGUCCCAGCCCCUACCAACAGACAGAGUUUGAUGAGAGCUAGCUAUAUAACUGAGCCAGUGAUUAUUAGAAAUCAUCACAGGACACAAUCAAUGGAAGACCUUUCUCUGAAAAACUCUAAACUUCGUCACAAAGCCUCAAUUAGAGUCAGCAGAUACAUAACGCAUUCAACCAGUCUACACGAUGAUCUUGAUGAUUUUGAUAACAUUCAAGUACUUGUUCAUAACGAUGACUGGUCGUUUGGGGAGAAUAUAAUCAGAUCACUAGAAGCCGAAGGGAUAGUAUUGUUUAAUAUAGAGGAGCCAAUGACCACAAGUGAAAAGGAAGUUGAAGAAGCAUGGCCUGAACUAAAAGACAAAAUGAAAAAGUGGCGUUCAGAACAAAGUCUUUUAGAUUUGUGAUGCGAAACUGAUUAUAUGAAAUAUAUUAUUAACGUGUCUGUUUUUUGAUGUAAUUUAUUUAUAAAUUUAUUGUUUCAU